GCACUCCAACUUCCUUAAAAGGACACGACGAUGACCAGAAAUAUUGAAAAAGAUAAACUAGCUGAGCUUAUCGCAACCAAUGAAAAGUAUUCGCCUGCUACUAGUUGGUUAGAAGAGCGGUAUUCGCUUUUUAUCAAAAACGGCAAUGUACAGGGGUAUAUCCAACUAGAUGGAUACCAAUUCUAUUGGGGAGACCCAAUAGUAAUUAAUGGUGAACCAAUUGAAUUCAUUCGUCAUACUAUUGAUUUCGCCAAAGAGAACAGCUGCACACCUGUCUUUUGUGAGAUAUCAGAGGAUCUCGAAGCUUUACUAGAAAACGAUGAAUUCAAGUUUAGCUGUCUUAGCUGCACGCAUGAGGAUAUUAUAAAUCCCACAGAAGCGAACCUCGAUGUAAAGGAUGUCCAGCAGAAUGUUAGGAGAUCACAGAGAGCAGGAGUGGAGGUAUACGAACUGAGCGGUGACCCAACAGAUGAACAGCGGGAUGCUAUCAAUGAGGGAGUCGAGCAGUGGAAGCAAGGCAGAAAGGGCGAUCAAAUAGCCACCGCAUCAAUGGAUCCUUUCCUGGAUUCAGUUCACAGAAGAUUCUUCAUUGCCCACAUCGAAAAUAAGAUCGUUGGCGUCCUCAUACUCAGUCUGCUCAAAGACCAGGGAUAUCAAAUAAAGAACUGUACUGCAUUCCCAGACUCACCAAAGGGUACGUCAGAGAGACUGAUCGUGGAGUGCUUGGAGACGCUCAAAAAGGAGGAUGCACACCAUGUAAGCUUUGGAAUAAGCGCUAGUGAUCACAUGGAGCCAGUCCACAAUUUAAAGGGUAUGAGAGUGUCCUGGUUGUCGGGUACUUACAAAUCAAUACUAAAAUCGACCGGAAUAUUCAGAAGAGCUGAUUUCCGUAGCAAAUUCAACGUCAAGCAUGAGCCACUCUAUAUCUGUUACCCAAAGCACGAAUUUGGUAUGGAUGGUAUACAAGCACUUAUGAAGACACUCAAAACGAACUAAUAAAGGGGUUUUUUUGUAUAUCAUAUUAUAGAUUCCUAUAAGUUA